AACGACCAGCAUCAGGGCAAGGAAACCCCUCAUCAAGCGAGGCCUCAUGCGGCCACACCUGGCCUUACAGUCUGUCUGUGGUCAUUAAGCGAGGACUGGCUGCAUGUGCCAUGAACCGUUCAGAGAAGCGGGUAAAGGGCCCUUUGUGUUUGAGACUUUUCCGUCUUUUUCCAGCCGGGGGGAGCCUGAUCGAAUUCGGGAGGAUGAUCAAGGAAGAGACGGGGAAAACCGCCUUCCCCUCCUACACCACCUACGGUUGCUACUGUGGCCUGGGGGGCAAAGGCCGGCCACGCGACGCCACGGACCGCUGCUGCCUGAUGCACGACUGCUGUUACGAGAAUCUGACCGACUGCCACACCAAAACGGACCCCUACCGAUACAGCCGGAGGAGUGGGGUCAUCUUCUGCGAAGGCGGCACCUGGUGCAAGAAGCAGAUUUGUGAGUGCGACAAAGCAGCGGCCAUCUGCCUCCGAGACAGCCUGGACACGUACAACAAAGAAUACCAGUUUUAUGAGGACCUCAAUUGCAAGGAGGGUCCGAAGAAAUGCUAAGUCUCAAAAAACAACAACAACAACCUUGAAUGACACAAUCAUAGUUAUGUUACCUUAUUUUCCUGAAUGCAACACUGGUUAAUAAACAGCUUUGCACAAGCGAUCAGCUUGCGGCCUCUCUUAUUACGCAUCUUUGUGUACAAUGCAAACACGAGAGAGGAAACCUGUUUGGCUGUCGCCCAGUCAAGAUUUUCCAAUCCUCUUGUUACUGGGACCUUCAGUAAAUUAACAUUCUAGUCCUCAAGGUUCUGAAUAAAGAAAUGAGAGGGAUUCUUUCCACUGAGCCAGGAUACAGAAUCAAGUUCA